ACAAAAAACGUAAUAUACUAGUUCGCGAAGAGGGCAGCAAACAAUAUCCGCGAAAUAUAAACUUUGCUUGGAACUGUCAAUGUCAUGUUGUUCAGUGAACAAAAUCAGAAGGUAUGGAUUCUGUAAGGAGAAAUAAGAGGCGUUCCCUGGCUGUAGAUGACAAUGUAACUCCAAGGACACUGAUCCAGGGGUUCCUUCAAACGGCACAGACGGUUCGUCAGUCGCCCAGAAAGAGGGCCCGGAUGACCCCCUCUCGCACCCCUGGAGCAACCCCUUCUGCUUCAUCAGUCAGGGGUUCAAAGACACCGCGUACUCUCCCCAAACCUGCCCCAUCAAACAGACGUAGAUCUAACCGGAUAGAGACUUUAGCAACUCCAGGUGGUAGCAACCCAACACCAAGAGGGCUUAUCACAGGAUUCUUGAAAGCAGCUGACAUCCAGACACCUGCAGUGCACAUAGGUACCCGACGCUCUUCACCUCUCAAGCAACCGACACCAUCAGUACAAAGGAAUGCAUUUCAAGACAGAGCUGAGAGCACAAACUCAUCCUCUGUAGAGUCUCCCAUCGACCAUGCUCUCUCACGCUUCAUCAGACCACAGCAGAGAGAGAGGCGAGGCAGAAGACAACAUGCCAUCGACAGGGAGGAAUUUGCAGAGAGAGUGAGAGAUAGGAUAGGGCAAGAGGAGAGUGAGGUCACAACGGAUGAAGACGAGAUGGAAAGGUCUAGGGAUGCCACUGGGAACAGAACACAGCUGGAUAGCAUAGCAGAGGAAGGGCGUGAUAGUUCUCCUCCUAAAAAAGACUAUAGAAUACAGAGUUUUGUUGAAGAACCAGCUAGUGAAAGGUCAAGUCGAAGUUCAAGGAGCCGUAGAUCGCUGCUAGAGAAUUCAUCGUUUCAGGUUCCAUCUGCUAAGGUCCCAGACGACUCGGUGUCAGAGAUGAGAGAUUCAAAGGCAUCCCACCUUAGUGGCUCUUUAGAGGAAGACUCCAUCAUGGUGCAAGCCAGCCAGGAGACCAUAAGAGUUCCACAUUCCUCCCAUAGUGACUCAGAUAAUGAAGAAAGAGGAGAUGAAUCGAGACAAGAUGAAUCGAGACGGGAAGAAUCGAGACAAGAAGAAUCAAAGACAGUGGAAGAGGGACUGCCACAAGGAAAUGAAACGGACGAUGAAACACCUGAUGAUGGCAUCGAUCAGGAAGAAGUAGAGAUGGAUAUGGAAGAUGAUGAUGGUGUCUUUGAUGAGGAAAAUGCCAUUGCACCUACCCAACCGACCCAAUUACACAGUGCUGUCAAGGGUUCUAGAUCUUAUAUGGCCUCUCCUUUAAAUACACCAUACUUGAGGGAUAGAGGAAAACACCCUACCCCAGAGAUUAGGAGACCAACUUCACUUGGAGAGACAUUAAACAGGAAAGGCCCGGUUCCUGUCUACCGGAAGGAUAUCUCAAAGAAACCUGCAAUACCGGGAUCAAGGAAGCCCCCAACUGCACUCAGCCUUCCUAAGAGCCUGACAAGGGGUAUCUUCACACACUUCUCCAAGGCAAGAGUUCCCCGUAAUGCCUUGACUGCGCUUGAUGAAGUUUCAAGUAAGUUUUUCAAGAACGUGUCCAAAGAUCUGAUGGCCUAUUGUAAGCAUGCUGGUAGACAAACCAUAGAGCAAGCUGAUGUUGAACUUCUCAUGCAUAGGCAACGCCUAGUCUCAGACAAGGAGCCUCUACAGAGCCUCAUUGAGAAGUAUCUUCCUAUGGAAUACAGGGAGGAACUCAUUCCAAUGGCAAGGUCUGGAAAUAAAGUCUAUCCGAAGAUGCCAAAGAAAUGAGUAACUUUGGAAGAUUCAAAACAAUAUGAGUUUCCCAUUCCAAGCAUCAUUGAUAAGUAUCUUCCAUUGAAAUACAAUAAGGAACUCAUCCCAUUGGCAAGUGGGAAGAGCGUUAAUGAUGUAUAGUGCACUGUCGUAGGGACGUAGGAUGAACAAGAUCAUCUUUCCAGACAUAGAGUGGCGCAUGGAUGUGAAGUUAGCAAGACAAUUUUUUUUUCAGAUGUCUAUCCUGGUAUAAGGUUUCAUUUUCCCUUAAAGGACAAGUCCACACCAUCAAAAAGUUGAUUUGAAUAAAAAGAGAAAAAUCCAACAAGCAUAACACUGAAAAUUUCAUCAAAAUCGGAUGUAAAAUAAGAAAGUUAUGACAUUUCAAACUUUCGCUUAAUUUCACAAAACAGUUAUAUGCACACGGCUAGUAUGCGAAUGAGGAGACUAUGACCGUCAUCCACUCACUAUUUCUUUUGUAUUUUGUUAUAUGAAAUAUGAAAUAUUCUAAUUUUCUCCUCAUUGUCAAGUGAUACAACGAUUAAUUCCUCCCUGAACAUGUGGAAUUAGCAUUGUUCAAUACUAUAUGGUUCAGUCAAGUUGGUCCUUAUUGUCAAAUCUAUAAAAAAUGAAAUAUUGUAUCAUUCAAACAAUAAAAUACAAAAGAAAAAGUGAGUGAUGGACAUCAUCGACUGACUCACCAAGUUGUGCAUAUCACUGUUCUGUGAAAAAUAAGCGAAACUUUCAAAUGUCAUAACUUUCUUAUUUUACAUCUGAUUUUGAUGAAAUUUUCAGCACUAUGCUAGUUAGAUUUUUCUCUAUUUAUUCAAGUCAGCAUUUUCCUGGACUUGACCUUUAAUACUGCCCAAUCUGUAGCUUUGCCAAAUUGUAGCAAGACUGGCAUAUUUGGACAGGAAUUUAAAUACUAAUUUCAUGCUUUGAAGGUUAAGUGGUUAUUUCGUACCAAUUGUCGCAAGUAAGGCAAAUUGUGUAUAAUUUUUAUCAUCUAAGUCCUGUAUGCUCUGUCCAUUAUCUUCUUUUUUACUCUCUCUCUCUACUUCUUAGUUUCUCUAACCCCAUUCUCUUUGCCGCUCUUAUCCUUUCACUGCCUUCAUUUAAACCCAAAUUCACAUUGUGCUAUCUGUUAAGAUCGCAAUGUGGAGAGGAGCAACUGUUUCCUACAGGUGAAACCCCAAUAUGUCUGAGGAUUGGAAUAGCCGUACAUCAGUUUAGACAUUAAAAUUGAAAUAAGGUUGCCGUGUGCAUUCUUGUUUGAGAGAACACAUAGAGGUAAUCAGAUCCUAAUUGUAGUGAAGUGAGAGCCAUUAAUAGGAUUGUGUAUGAUUUGAAUCUUAUCUGAUUUGUAAUCAUGAUGCAUAUCUUACCUUUUAGAAAAUGAGUUUGUAUUUUGUUCAGAGACUAAGUCAGGGAAAAUUUAAUAAUCAUUAUAACAAUCCUUCAAUUUCAUACAAAAUUUGAUCACAUUAGAUAGCUAACUGUGAAGCAGGGUUAACUCUAAUAGUCCCAUGGUAUUUACUAUUUAAAUUCCUGUCAUAAUGCCCCCCUAAUCUUGGCCAUGAAUCGUGCAAUCAAGAUUUAAAAAAAUCCCCCCCCCCCCAAAAAAAAAAGAAGAUGAUAAUACAAGAAUGAAAAAUUAUGUGAUCUAUGGGGUUGCAUAGCUGAAUUUCACUAAAUCAAUUUAUUUGAUUGAAUAUGAAUUUGGCCAUGAAUCAUGCAAUCAAGACAAAAAGUCCCCCCCCCCCAAAAAAAAAUAAAUAAAUAAAAAAAAUACUGUGAUCUGUAUGGGGUUGCAUAGCUGAAAUUCUCUAAAUCAAUUUAUUUGAUUGAAUAUGAAUUUAUUAUGCUAAUUUAUGCAUGAAAAUAAAAGAAUUAAUAAUUUGGCCGUAAAUAGAAAUAGAAAUAGGACCCUUUAAAUUAUGCAAAUUUGGUAUCAAAAUAUGUGCGAGACUUGAAAGUGAAAAGUCAGCAUGCAGGGCAGUCAGAAAAUUUUGCCAGGCAGAAUGGUCAUGGAAACUGCCCAACAGGUUUUUUUAGGGUCAAGUGUAAGGUGGAAAUUUUGGGGGCUAUAUUCGCUUUCAGAUUAUACAACAUACAAAAGCAUUGCACUUUUUUAUAAGUUUCAUCCACUAUAGUUUAAGUUAUAGAACAGCAUUCAAAUUUAAUUUGAAUUCAGAAUAUGAUUGGGCCAGUGAACUUUGUUAAUGUAGGUUUAAAUGCCAAGAUAACAAUUUUUAAAGAAUUUACAUUGAAAUAUGUUUAUUUUUUGUCAUAAUACAAAAAUAUCUGUCACACAUUGCUUCUUCUUCUUCUUCUUCUUCUUCUGGAAACAGUACAGUCCACCGUCUGCUUGGUAGAUAUCCAUGUUUGAAAAAUGGUAUUGUAAAUGAUUUUGCAUGUAAACUUUGUAAUACUUUGAAGCUUCCCCUGGCAUCAAGGUUUUUGUUAUUUUUAAUGUCCAAUAUGUUCUGUCCUAUUUAUAUAAGUUACAUGUACUGGACUUGUUUACAUGUAUAUCAGUGUGAAAUGUGAAGAAAACUAUAUGAAUGUAAAUAAAGUGAUGGUAACCUAACAUUCA